AUGGUUUCGAAGAAUCAUAUAGUAACUUUUGGAAUGAAUGAUGAUAACUAUAUCAGAGUGCAAGUAGAGGGAUAUAAUAAGAUUCCGGACCAUGCUAUGUCCAACAUGAACAUGCGUAACCAGACUCAGACAGUCAUAGACAGUAGUAACCGAGAAACUUCAACUCUGUCAAAUACUGGAAUUAUAAAAAAUUGGGAUUAUGCAAUGCAUAUUAUCGAUGAUAGAUUCAGUAAGUUUCAAGUCCACAUAAAUGAUGCUGAAGAUGCCGAAUGGAAUAGAAUCUUCCGUCCUGGUUUUCAUUACGUCUAUACGUGUGCUAUUUGGGACAGUUCUCAAUCAGGCUCUAUAGGAAUAUAUCAUGGUCCCCGCCAUAGAUUGAAUAGAUCUUCGAAAGUGCAGAAGACAGACUCAACGGCAGCAAUCAAAACGGCACUUCGAGACUUACUGAAGGAUGAAACCUAUCCUACAACCGCAGUCGUCGUGAUUCGUACGGAUUGCAUAGGCAUAAUUCAGUCAGUGAAGAAGUAUGUGAACGCUCACAGCUCCUGGGAAACCCCUGCUAGGCAAUCUCUGAAAGUAAAGCAAGACAUAUAUGACAUCGCGCUCUUAUGUUGUGAGUUCAAACAUGGUGUAUUCCUAGAACAUGUUUAUGCUAAUGACUUGGAUACUGAUUAUGGGAACGAAGCAGCUUACGCGCUUGCUUGUAAGGCUUUUUUUGGUUACUUUAAGCUCCGUAAAAGAAAAGAUAGGAAUACAGAUGAAAACAGAAUAAAAUCGAAAAUAAAUGAUUGUGAGCAUGAGGACAAUUAUAGUGUGUUUGUUAAGAAAGAUUUAUUUGUUACACCCCCAUGCGCUCCCUUGGAAAAUUUUAAAAUCAAUUUUGAAGCAUUCGCUUCAAGCAGCGUUAGUGAUUUAAAUAAUGAGAUCAUAAGGCAGAACAGCGAAAAAUGUGCAACGUCACAUUAUCAGAAUUUACCAUUAUAUAGAAAUCCUCAAGAAAGAGCUCCAACUGGGAUAGGCAAUCAACAGGCCGCAGAUUCCUCAUUCUAUGAACCUUCUCUAGCAACAUGGAGCGCCGACACUGAAAAUAUACCGCACGUAGAUGAUUCCGGGAAUUAUGAACCUGCUUUAGCAACAUGGAGCGCCGACACUGAACGGGUACCGCACGUAAAAGAUUCCGGGAAUUAUGAACCUGCUCUAGCAACAUGGAUCGCCGACACUGAACGGGUAUUGCACGUAGAAGAUUCCGGGAAUCAUGAACCUGCAACACGGAGCGCCAACACUGAACGGGUACCGCACUCAGAAGAUUCCGGUAUUCAUGAACCUGCUCUACGAACGUGGAGCACCGGUAGUGAAGAACCAAUCUAUGCACCUUUCAGUCACAUGAAUAGAGAAAUUGAGAUUUCAAACAUAGAACAGUCUAGUAACAAUGAAUCCGCUAUGCCAGCAGGCAAUUCUAUCACUCUACAGCCAACUCCCCGCACAUUUCAGUGGAAGCCGCCUAACGGAGACUCUUCAGUAAAUGGGAUUUCCUUCAGACCUGAGUCGCAUGUUUACGAAGAAAUCCGGGACUCACCAGUAGGAGUAAGUAGUAGAGGGAAUCCCCCAGAGCCAAACAAUAGUAACGAAUCUCCUGAUGAUCCUUCUCUCCCGACGAAAGAAUCCAAUGACGGUCUUAUUGCAAAACUUCAGAGUUCCUUCGUUAUACCCAAGUUGAUUCAAUCUCGACUAGCUGGCUCCGAUGACAUAAAGCUCCAUUCAUCAGCUUUGUUGGCAAACAAAAUCACCGAUGCGAAGAAACAUCAUAAGUUAAGAAAUGAAAAACAUGAUCGAUGCUCUCAGAUUAGCUUGAUUGAGGAACGAACUAUUCAAAGAUUAAGGACCUUCCCUAUAUUUAUUCAAACCAAUUCAAACAAAGAUGGAAGAGAAGAAACUGCAUCUUAG